UCCGCCCGCGUGGUGCGUAUUCCUGGAGCGCGUGCGUCUGUUCUUCGCUCGCGCUCUUUUGCUGCGUGUUCGCCUUUUCCCGGGGAGCUGCUGGGCGCUCCGGUCUCGUCUCGCCGCCGCGAUGCUGGUUUUAUUUGAGACAGCGGCUGGAUACGCCAUUUUCAAGGUUCUGGAUGAGAAGAAGCUUCAAGAAAUUGAUAACUUGUGGAAAGAGUUUGAAACACCUGAAAAAGCUAAUAAAAUCGUGAAACUGAAACACUUUGAGAAGUUUCAAGACACAACAGAAGCUCUUGCAGCAUCCACAGCACUGGUGGAAGGCAAAAUCGGCAAAAAUUUAAAGAAAAUCUUAAAGAAAAUAGUAGCCAAAGAUGCCCACGAACAGCUAGCUGUAGCAGAUGCCAAAUUAGGAGGUGUAAUAAAGGACAAGCUGAAUUUAAGUUGCAUCCAUAGUCCAAUGGUUACUGAGCUGAUGAGAGGCAUUCGCUCUCAAAUAGAAGGACUUAUCAGUGGCCUUCCAUCCCGGGAGAUGGCAGCUAUGUGUUUAGGACUGGCACACAGCCUCUCCCGAUAUAAGUUGAAGUUUAGCCCAGACAAAGUUGAUACAAUGAUUAUCCAAGCAAUCUCUCUUCUUGAUGACUUGGACAAAGAAUUGAAUAACUAUAUUAUGCGUUGUAGAGAAUGGUAUGGGUGGCACUUUCCUGAACUGGGCAAAAUUAUCACAGAUAAUCUAGCAUACUGUAAAUGUGUACAGAAAAUUGGAGACAGAAUAAACUUUUCCUCUUCUGAUCUAUCUGAGAUUCUUCCUGAGGAGGUGGAAGAGGAAGUGAAAGCAGCUGCAGAGAUCUCCAUGGGGACUGAAGUGUCAGAAGAAGAUAUAUGCAAUAUACAGCAUCUUUGUGAUCAGGUUAUUGAGAUCUCCGAAUAUCGAGCAACACUCUAUGACUAUCUGAAAAACAGAAUGAUGGCCAUUGCACCUAACCUCACCAUUAUGGUGGGAGAACUAGUAGGAGCAAGGCUUAUUGCCCAUGCUGGUUCCCUGCUGAAUCUAGCAAAGCAUCCAGCAUCAACGGUUCAAAUUCUGGGAGCUGAGAAAGCACUUUUUAGAGCACUGAAGACUAAGCGUGACACUCCAAAGUUUGGUCUGAUUUAUCAUGCUUCCCUCGUAGGACAAACAACAGCUAAAAAUAAAGGAAAGAUUUCACGAAUGCUAGCAGCUAAAACAGCUUUGACUAUUCGUUAUGAUGCCCUUGGAGAGAGCACAAGUGCUGAGAUGGGAGCUGAGAACAGACUGAAAGUAGAAACAAGACUACGGCAUCUGGAGGAGAAAGGGAUAAGACGAAUAAGUGGUACUGGAAAAGCUGUGGCCCGGGCAGACAAAUACCAGCACAAGAGCGAAGUGAAGACCUACGAUCCUUCUGGAGAAUCUACGCUCCCUCUGGUCCCAAAGAAGCGCAAGGAACGGGAAGAGGAUGAAGAAGAACAGGCAGUUCCACAAAAAGCAAAGAAGGCUAAAAUAGUAGAAAUCAAAGAAGAAGAAGGAGAGGAGGAUGAGGAGGAUGAGCAAGUUCAGCAAGAGGAGGAGCUUGUUAAAGAAAAGAAAAAGAAAAAGAAAAAACAGAAAACCCAAGAGACAGCAGUUUGGGUAGAAGAUAAUGAAGAGGAACCAUCGACCAGUAUGGUGGUGGAGAAUAUAGAAAAGAAGAAAAAGAAGAAAAUUAAAGAAGAGCCAGAAGAUUAAGAACAGAGAGUUUCCUUGGAUGGUUUGCCUCACAUUGGGACUUCCAGAGACACUAGCUUUUGAAAUAUAUUUUUUCUAAUCAUUAAGGUCAAGAAAUUCUGUGUAUUUUCCUUGGAGCAUUUUUUUUCAAUAUUUUGUUUUUAAAGCUAAUCUUAGUUUUACCACUGCCCUGUUAUAUGGUUGUAGUUUUGUUUCAGUAAUGCUAUGAACUGUUUUGAGAUUGCUUAUCACCAAAAAAGUAGUAUGUGAUUGUUUGAAAUGAGUAACAUUGAAUUCCCCCCUCAAGAAAAAUCCCUACUGGUUCUAUAUGUGUUUCUUUCCUAUUAAUUGGAUUACUAUCAACUUAAUUUUAUGAAAAGAAUUUUCAAAGAUC